CGCUGGUUGACUGAUGAUGGAUGGAUGGAUGAAUUCUUGUAGCGCCACUUGAUGCAACCAAACGUGUUCUUGUCCCAAGGGAGGAUUUAAUUUACGGGCCUCCGGGUCUGGCCAUUCGACUAAUGUUUAAACCAGCAGCCUUACAGACUCUACAGACAUUUUGGUUUUGUCCUGACCUGUGUCCUUCUCUUUGUUGCGUGACAGCUCGUGGACUUGGCCGCUGAUUUGUGUACGCAAUCCGUCGAUAACCUCAUCCAAGGCCUGGGAGCAGGUGGAGUCCACAUGGAUGAAGAACUCGUACUGGUGUUUGUUGUUCCGGGAUGGACGAGACUCUAUGUGUGUCAGGUUGAUGCCCUUCUCCUGUAGAUCACAUGAUCCAAAGUAAGUAUCUUGUAAGCAUUUCCACGCGCUCGCACACAGAGUGCUUUUGCGAGUUCUGACCACCAGAGGUUGCCGUUUGACUGCAGAAGCGGUCUCAUGCAGGGACCGACAUGCGUUGACUGAACUAAAGGUCUGUGAAACAUGGUCCACACGUCCACGUCAUUUUCACGACAUUGUUGACAUCUCUACAACUACACCACGUGAUCAUGAAUCAUUGAAAGUAUGCAUUGAUUUUUUUUUUUUUUUGUCCAUUAAACUGGCAAACUAAAAAAAAUGGGUUAGCUGUAAUGCAAAUAUGUUUAUUUCUAUUAGCAAACUGGCCAUUACCUUCUUUAUUGUGAGACCAUGUGAUCCCAUGCAUAUGUGGAUCUGGAUCGUCACGUCAUGUCAAAUGGGUCACUCUGUACGACAAGGAUGGUCAAAGUCCAGUGGUUUUGUAACCUUGCUUGUGAGCCUCUAAGUAAAUAACAACUACUCUGGUGUUUUCACCAGGUUGUCCUUGAGUGGAUACAGAGCAGGCGUGCUUUGUUUUUUCAAGAAUUUUGGGGUGGAAAUGGGAGGAUGUUUUUCUGUCUUCAUGAUUGGCUGACAGAGAGGAAGGCUGUCUGCACCAGACCCCUUAGUAUUAUCCAUAUGGCUUUUGUUUGUGUUGUUGCGCUGCAGCUGUAAAAUUUGAACACCUAACAUGUUUUUAUAUUGUCCUUUAAACCUCAAGAGGUUAUGUGUGGAAAAGCUUAAAUAGGCCAACAAACCUGAAGAAGGUGCCCUUCUUAAAUUCUGUCAUUUGGACUGCUGCACAAUUUAUGGAAUAAUUGUGAAUACUUGUUGGUCUGUUGUGCUACACUGCUAAUGAGUGGUGCUCAUUAGGCAACAGUUGUUGUUGUUGUUUUUUGGUAAUAUUUUUAUAUUUGAACAGAACAAUAUCCUUGUGGCUGUACCGCUGAGAAAACAGUGGAGAAGCUCAACAAAGAAUCAGAAACACAGGUUAAAUGGGGACGGUACUCCAUGGGUUCAGAGUUAUCAACGGUGCUUGCGAGAUGAAAUGUCACCUUAACUAAUGCUGUCAAUGUGAAAGAACCACGUUCUUCCACUUCUGAGAAAUUUCGCUCUGAAAAUGUCUGCACCAAACAUUAUCUGAUAUGAUUUACCCCUAUGUGAUGUCGCAAAGCGUAUCUGUGUAACUCAGGAAGAAUCAUGGGAUUGAUGAUGCACAGCUCUCUAUAAACAGAGCCACUUACUGACUUUAACUUUUAAACCUUGCUGGCUAUUGUCUUGAAAGAUGAAAAAGUGUGUUUUCAUCACAUCAUGGGGACCACGAAUGGUGACCCGUAUUUAAAGAGUUAUCUACAGUGGAGAUGAUGAUCUUAAGUAAUGUCCUACAGUGGAGAUGAUGAUCUUAACUAGUGAUGUCGGUGUGAAAGAAGCAUGUUGAUCCAUUUCAGAGUGAUUUAGUUUUUUAAUUAUUUCUGCUCGAAAUGUUACCCCUACAUGAUCCGAUCGGAUCAUGUCGUCAAGUGGCUUGAGGUCAUAUAGCACGUUCAUGUAACCCGCAGAGAAUCCUGACAUUGUUGCCAUGCCGCUCGCUGUUAACAGAUCCACUGCAAACUGACCCACAAACUUCACAGGGCAACGUUUUUGCGGGUGCUAUAUAUCGUCUUGACGGAUGAGAUAUGUGUUUUCAUCAGUGAGGAAGAGGACUGUUUAGAAGAGAACUUAUCCAUAAACGGUGUGUGUACUGUGACAUAAGACAUUUCACUAGUUUGGUGUUCAUGACUCAAACUGCUCUGGGGUGCAUUUUUGACAAUGAUAGGAUUAGAGGAGAUGUGCUUUAGUUUAGACCCAAAUAGCAAAUUCAUUGUAGCAGAUGUACCACUUACCUUGCUCACUAUUUACAACUGGAAAAUACACAACCCUGUUCUGUCGAUAAAUGGCUUGCAUCGCUGCAUGAGGAGAACACUACAUAAAUCGUCCCCAUCAUGUUGGAACUUUUCAGAUGAGAUAAUUCACCUUGUUUUACAAGUGUAAAUGCAGUUGUUUCCAAGGCCUCGAAAAUGUGGUCUUGAGUGCGAGACUGGCACUACGCUACAAUAUACAUUUCUAAUUUUGAUGAAUCAGUUUAAUGUCUUUACAGGAUGUAUUAGAUUCUAUGCUGCUGUUGCAUUGUUUUUUAAACAGGUACAGGUGUUUUCUGCUCACAUGAAUUGUUUGUCGACCUUGUAUAUAGUACUGUAAAGUCCUUCUGUCCGUUUUUUCCAGGACUAUAUUCCUUUCAACGUGUGCUUUAAUGCACUUGUCCAGCUGAGCUUACCCUCAUUCCUGCACCACCCGUGCACAAGAUUUUGGUUCCUGUCAAAGAUUGGAUUUACUGGCUUGCCAUGGGUAGCAAUGCGGCCCCAAGACCCGACUUCUCACAUGAUGGCCAUAGCACAGUCACAUGCUGCAGCCAGCUGAUACGUGGGUACUUUGUACGUUUACAAAUCAGUUGAAUUAUCUGGAAAUGUGGUACUGAUUUUUUUUUUUUUUGUUGUUGCAAUUUUUUAUUUGUAAAGAGUAAAAAAAUGUCGAUAUGAUAUGGAGGUCAACGAGGUUAGAGGCAGUAGAGGAGCAGUCUUCUGAACUCGUGAAUCAUGGUUCAAAGUGGUGAACUAUUGCGACAGACACAUUGAUUCUGAGAUAGUCAAAUUAUUCUUUCACAUUUUAAAUGUUCAUUCAGACAUCGAUGAAUAUCUUUCACUUCUUUUUAUUCUUGCGAACUCAUCAGUUUGCUCACUAUUAUGCAAUACCUGAUUCCAAACUUCAGAUAAUCAACUGCUGAUUUGUUUUGUGCUUUGUGAGCUCAGGAUUCCACAACUCCCACUCAACUGUUGGAAAGUUUUAGAAACUGAAAGUGAACUAUGUUCUCCCAAAUCACGCUUUCUUGCGACUUAUUCAUUGCAAAUUAACGGUCACAGUGAAGAAACGGUGUACGUGCAGGAUGUCACAUCAUCCUCUGCCCACAUGAUGGCCCAGAUUGAUUCAUUUUCCUCACCCAUUGCACACAUUGUUCACUGUGUGUAAUUGAGGUGAACAUCAUUCACUUAAAAAUGAAAAUCAUCAAAUUUUUUGCAAUAACACGCGUAGCCAGUGUUUUUGUUAGUUAGUUGUUUUUUUUUACGUUUUUAGAGUUUUUAUAGCCAUUAACUGGUACAUUUGUCAUAAGCCUGGAACAAAAUGAUUCAUGUCGGAAAAUAGUCUUGAUUCAGAACAUUAUCUUUAAUGUGCCAAACCAAAUUCAUUCGGCAUAUCAGCUGAGACAUGCUUCUGCUGCCCUGAUCCAAAUGAUAUAGAGUAUCCUUGAACAACUUACUUGCUUUUCCCUCUUCUGGGAGUUUUAUACCAUCAUGUGAAGUAAAAAUGACUUCAGAACCACAGUUUGCCUACUUUUACUAGCUGCCAGAAAACACUUGAGGCACAAUUGUGUGUCUGCAGUUAUGAGAUAUUACAUAUAUAUUACAGAAACAACUAGUUAAGUUACAUACUAAUAGUGCUGGUAGUUUGCUGUCAUUUUAUUCCCCAAGGACACGGUUCAACUCCAUCUUAUUUUUCCUGGUCAGAAGUUCAUAAAACACUGUUUCAUUUUCAACAACGUUGACCUAACGUGCCAAGAAGGGUGCCACAACAUUCUGUGGUUCUGCUAGCAGUGUACUAAGUUUAAAUGUGCUCUCGGCUACUGAAACUGGGGUAGAUAAUCUAGAUGGAGAUGGAGACACAUGGAUUAUCCACAUCCUGUUUUUUCUUAAAUGAUUCACUGAGCUGCUGUCAUUGAUUAAAGCAUUCAUCAUUUAUCAUCUGUUCCAAUUAUGUCUGAAGACUUCAUCCUGUGCUGAAGUAAAGAAUUGUCACCCCUUGUUUAUUUCAAUAUGUCAUGCUAGGUUUUUUUUAACUCUUUUUUUAACGUGUCAUGGUCGGAUCUGCCGCAUUAGUGACUGAGACGAUAACCCCUGGUGUCCCACAAACCCGUUAGAAGUGUUGGGACAUCGCUGCUCAUCUGCUUCAAUUCUUGUUAAUGUGAGUGUUUCUACCUGGCGCCACAGAUUUUGAGGCUGACCACAGUGUCAAUAUAGUGGCAAUACAGUGGCUUGUUCAUACAGAAAGUGUCUCAAUAACCAGGGGUGAGGUUUACAGCUAUAUAUGCUACAGUAUGCAAUAUUUUUUUACCGUUUCCCAUCAGGGGUUCCCACAGAAAGUCAGUGUCCUCCACCUGUGCCUUUCUUUUGUAUAUUCCUAACUCACACAAAUCUUUUUCGUAGCACAUCCAUGAAUUCAUCUAUUAUAACAUGUUCCCUUCCCUCCUCAUGCCCAAAACUCUCAAACUUUGCCCUGAUAUACUCGUUCCUAGUUUUGUCGUCUCUAGUCGCUCCCAAUGAAAACCUGGGUAUGUUCAACUCAUACUCUGCUUCUCACUACUGUUGUAUGAAGCCUCCCCUUAACUUGACCCCUCUAAUGUCUACAUAGCUUUAAUCGCCUGAUUUUCAAGACUCCCUCUUUACUGCCACAACAUUGUACAUGCAUUAUCCCCAUCUAAUCUCUCUGUUCUGUCUACACCGUGGUGUCUUGAAUCUGUCUAUCGUGUCCACAGACACGGUCUUUUCGACUUGCUCUCCUUCACAUAUAACUUGUCUAACUUUCUUCUCAUCAUCAGGUCACCGACCCCCCUAACCUUUGCUGUCACAGUCAACGUUACUACACUCUAGUCUGCCCUUCUUUUCCUUCAUCUGCGUUCAGUGUCUUAGCAACUGGUACUGGGGCUUCUGGAUUAUCCAAAUGGCACUGUCAAGCUCCAGCGGAGGAAGGCUUUGGACAGAAUAUACUUUUGCUUUCACCGAAAGCAAAGUUUCUCAACUGAGGAGGCGUCUGGAAGACUCAGGGGACUCUAUAAAACAAAAGGCAUCAUGGAUAACUCCGCGCCACAACAUCUCAGGGAGAACCAGUCAUCCAGAAAUGUGGGUUUAAAGCGUCUUCAGAGACCCCCAGCUUGGAGGAGACGUCAGCUCAGCACCUGGCCUCCAGACGGCUCCCUGACUUUACACGCGAGACCGACGGAUGUCCUCCUUGUCACUAAGGCCAUUUUGUGGGAAAGAGGGCGCAGUCACAAUACGAAACAUGUGAGUCCACCUCACCCCCCUUCCUUGUGUCCACGGUUCCUGUCUCACAUGAAAGCCCAUCAUGGCAGCCACACGCCUCCUUGUUGCCUGGCCCCAAGGUCCAGACUGAACCCUCCUCCUCAGAUCAAAUCAAGGAACACACUCUAUCGGAAACCCCAAACACUUGAGGGAUAUUUUGCAAUGGACAUGGAUAGAAGAAGAAAUGAUGAAGAGAAAAUGAUAUUUGUCAAUGGAGAACAAUCCACUGUGAUGUCUGGUCACCUGCCUCCUGCCUCCCCUACUAAAACACAGUAUCAUCGAAAGUCACCACGUUCAGAUCAAAACAACACCAACCUUUGCCAAGCAUCUCUAUCAGACUCUUUUCCUCCCACUCCUUCUGAAGUGUUGGAUGAAGAUCAAGAGUCGGUGACCCUACCUGCAGCAGUGGGGCUCAGGCAGUCAGUUGAACCAGCGGUCCUUCUCUGACUUCAGUCGUCCCACGUCCAGCCUCUUCAGCCAGAACACCAACCUGGCCAGCGGCAGGAGAAGCAGCAUGUCUGCUGUCAAUAGUGAAGAUGAGAAACGAGGUGUUGGCCUCUCGUCAUCCCUGCCCAGACAAACAUCAUCGAGUCCCGGAUAUUCCACAAACCGCGACCAACACCAGUCGAACACAUCUUCACCAAGCGAUAAUCGUCCUCAAAGUCAAAUCCAGGUGCAGCUGCCUCCCAUUUCAUCAAACAUCUUCCGCGGUACCAGAUGUGAAAGAGCAAAACCAGAAGAAGAAGGCCAGCUUCAUGGAGUGCCCAGGGGUGGCGCUGUUCUGGCUGUCCCCUCCAUCACAUCACCCUGCCCAAGUCCACAAGCCUCCACUUACCGGUCAGGAAAAGUGACGGCUGCUCCUUCAGUCAGUCAGCUGAAGGCUCAUCAGUGGCCUGUGUUGCCUCCCAUCUCGCCAGUCAAAGAGCCCUCUGAAGUGAUUUCUUCAAAAAGACAAGGCAGCUUUCACAACAGUGAAGACGGACGUUGGAGCUCGACGGCGAUCUCUGAGCUCGGCUCCAGUGAGUCCCAUGUGUUUGAGGAAUUGGAGGCCGUUGCUCCUCCAUCGACUUCCUGUCUCUCACAGGAGGAGUGGUGUGACUGCUCAUAUAGUCCUUCCCCAAAUUCAGAGCUGACAACUGGACUAGCGGCGCUGACUGUCGGCUGUGACUCGGGAAAUCUGGGAUCGCUGUCCCGCGUGCAGCUACUCCUCCUUAACAGAGUGCAGCCCGUGACCCUGCAAAGUCCUCUUGGCUUUGAUGAAGAUUUCCCGUUGGUGGAGGAGUCCACGUGUGAUCAUUUGGAGUUCACCUCAGCAGGUGACCUGAGGCCCAGUGCUGCUCGCAGUGCUGCUCAAAGCUGGAGCUUUGUGGGGAAAGUCCAAGAGCACAAAUCAAGUGCGUCAGAUGAAGUCUCGUGCUCAUCGUUGGCUGUAGACCUGAGUCCAUCUCCCACAUCAAGACCUUCCACCUGCAACUUUGAGGUGCACCUACGGUAUCUUGGAGGUCCCAUCUGCCUGAAUCCUAGCGAUGAAGAAGGUGCCAUGGAGAACGAGUGCAAGCUUGACGACGGGAGGAGCUGGGAAGUGUCCUCAAACAGCAACGAGAGAUAUGGAAGUGAGGAGGAGGCCCGGAAGAUGGAAUUUAGAAAGACAAAGGUUCUGAAUAUGCUUUCCAGGCUUCAAGGUGGAAACGCACAUCCACUCAGCCGCAAUGGAUGCUCCAACUUUGAGGACUUUGACUUUCUGGCAAAGUACUGCAUUUUCAGUCCAGAGAAGUUGGACGAGUACAAAAGAGCUUUUGAAAGUGAGGACCAUGAUGGUGAUGGCUACAUCUCCUGUUUUCAAGUCCUGCUGGCGCUUAAGAACAUCAUCCCUGCCGAGCUGCUCUCUGAUGAAGAAGAGAUAUACGUCUACAGGAUUCUGGAGAUGGUGGAUUUCAAAGUAACAGAUGGACUUGUGGAUCUGAGGCUCUUUGCUGUGAUCGCCAGUCUGGCCCAGAAAAUAGCUACCAUGGAUGACUUUAUGCGAUCGCUCAUCAACAACAUGGAUUUCCGGUCGUUGGAAGUGCGGCUGUUUAAAGCCAAGCAAUUGUUCCUGUUCCUCCUGGAGGAGCAGCCAGAGGACGUCGGCCCCCAACAAGGCUUCAUCAGCUCAGAGCAGCUCCUCUUGGAGCUGAAGGCCGGAGGGAUCCAUCUCGAGCAGGAGGCCGCCAUCAGACUUCAGCUCCAGAACAUCCCGCCGCUGGAUCUCCUGGGCUUCCUGGCAUACCUGCCUCUCUUCAUGAUCAUUCACAACUCUGUCAUAGCCAACCCUCUGGACCACUCCAGCAGCCUGCGGGUGGAAAAACGCUGAGCACUGAGGGUCCUCCUCCUGCCAAGACUAUCAGGAAUUCAGAUUCGUAAUUCAUAUGUCAAUUCUGUUUCUAUACCUGACUUAAGAUGACUGGUUGUUUUGGUCAUUCAACUGUUUCAGUGCAUGUCAGUGCGUGAGGUUCUCAUCCCCACCCUGCAACGGCCAGGGUUUCCACUACUCUGAAUGUAUUUGAAAAUUCUUAUAAAAUUUUAAUUCAAGACAUUAAAAGAGCUUUAGUUUAAAUAAGGCGAUAUAAAAACUUGAAUGUAGCCACCAUCGUGAUUUAUUGUGCUAUUGUCAAACUGAGCAAAAUAAACAAUAUUUUGUUGUUUAACUGUAUGUAUGGGUCCAUCAUUUGAUUCAGUAAUAUACCAAAUUCAUUCAAAUUGAAA